AUGUUUAGGAAGAAUAAGAUUGGUAUUAGUGGUUUAAUGGAAACUAAAUUACGUGGUAAUAAAAUUGGUGAGUUCAUGGAACAUAAAUUUCCUAAUUGGGACUAUUUUUCCAGCCCAAGCACAGAAGGAAGACUGUUAAUUGUUUGGUGGAAGGGGAUAGCUAAUUUGAGUAUCUUGGAAGACUCUCCUCAAUUGGUUCACUGCCAGGUUAAGUUGGUUGGCCACAUGCAUGUCUUCUAUACCACGUUUGUUUAUGGGUUCAAUUCAGUUGAUAAUAGGAGGAGCCUUUGGCGUGAUCUAACUCGAAUAUCUCUUUCUGUCAAAGCUUGGAUGGUUCUAAAGGAUUUUAAUGCCCCGUUUUCAGGUGGUGAUAGGUCUGGUGGUUGCCCUAUAACAAGUUUUGAAUUGGCUGAUCUUAUUGGGUGGAAAAUUGAUGCUAAAGUUGAAGCUAUUAAGAGCAUGGGUUCUUAUUUCACUUGGACAAACAAUCAAGAAGGAUUAGCAAGGAUCUAUUCCAAAAUUGAUCAUGCUCUUAUUAAUGAAGAGUGGCUGGACUUAUUCCCGCAUUGUUUGGCUGUGUAUCAAUGGGAGGGGGUGUCGGAUCAUUGCUCAUGUGUUGUUUCUAAUAUCCCUUUGGAGGCUAUGGGAUUUAAACUGUUCAAAUUUUAUAACUUUUGGUCCAGCCACCCUGACUUUAUUCAAUUGGUGUUGAAUAGUUGGAGAGCCCCUGUGAAUGCUUCUGGUUUGAGGGCAAUUUAUACCAGGCUAGUUCGUUUGAAGCAUCAUCUUAAGAAGCUUAAUAGGGACUGGUUUGGAGAUGUUGGAUCUGGCUACCAGUCGGCUCUAGAAGCUCUUCAAACUGCCCAACAUCAAGCUCAAGAGAAGCCUCAAGACUUUCGGUUGCAAGAGGUAGUCAAGGAGAGGGCAUCCGAAUUUCACUCUCAAGAGCAAAUUUAUCAUAGUUUCCUUGUCCAGAGAAGCAAGAUUAACUGGAUUAGGAAGGGUGAUGUGAACUCCUCUUUCUUUCAUGCCUUCUUGAAGAAGCGGAAAGCUGAGAAUUCCAUUGUCUCUUAUAUUAAUGAACAUGGGUUAUUGAUAGAUGAUUUCAAGGAGGUGGUAGGCCAUUUUGUUGAGCAUUUUAAGAAUCAUCUGGGCAGUUCAAGUUUGGCUACAGGAAUAGUAUAUCAGAGUUGUUUAGCUUUAGGCUCUAAGCUGUCAGUGAAGCAGCAACUCUAUCUAUUAAAACCUUUCUCUGCUAAGGAAAUAAGAGCUGCUUUGUUUAGUAUUCCUAGUACUAAAUUGCCUGGUCCCGAUGGCUAUGGUUCUGGUUUUUUCAAGUCUGUGGAAGGAUAUUGGUCAGGAUAUUUGCUCAGCAAUCAUUCAUGGCUUCUCUACAGGCCAAUUUCCUAA